AUGGCUAAGUUUAGUUUCUUUGCGCUGGCCACUUGGGUUGGUCUAGCUGCAGCAAAGGACGUCUACCUUAACUGGAACGUCACUUGGGUUAAUGCAUCCCCCGAUGGCUUUGCGCGCCCGGUCAUUGGUAUCAAUGGCCAAUGGCCCUGCCCGCAGAUUGAUGUGAAUGUGGGCGAUCAACUGAUCGUCGAUGUCUAUAACGGUCUUGGAAAUGAGUCCACAGGUAUCCACUGGCACGGCAUGCGCCAGUUUGGCAGUGCUGUCAUGGAUGGCGCAGUUGGGGUCACUCAGUGCCCAAUUGCCCCCGGUUCCCACAUGCAAUAUCACUUUGAUGUUAAUCAAACUGGAACGUACUGGUAUCACUCGCAUGACAUGGGCCAGUACCCCGAUGGAUUCCGUGGUGCUCUGAUUGUCCACGAUCCUAACCCUCCUUUCCACUAUGACGACGAGUUCACCAUCACACUGAGCGACUGGUACCACAAGCAAAUGCCGGAGCUGCUCAAUACCUAUCUGUCCGAGGCCGGUUUAGCAGCCCAUGGCGCUGAGCCCCUGCCUGACUCGGCAUUGAUCAAUGACUCAACCAACACCAAAAUCAAGGUUCUGCCUAACAAGACAUACCUGGUUCACAUCAUCUGUGUUGGAAACUGGCCCGGCCACUUCUGGGUGUUUGAUGGCCACGAGAUGACAGUCGUGGAAGUCGACGGUGUCUAUACCGAGCCCUAUCCUGCUGGAGACAAGUUCCUGCGUGUUGCAACUGGCCAGCGGAUGAGUGUCUUGAUCAAAACCAAGUCCGACACAAGCAGGAACUUUGCUAUCUGGGAUACUAUGGAUAUCAACAUGAUGUUUAUCUUUGAAAAUCGCACUAUCCCGGAAAACUUCAACCCCAAUGCUACUGCCUGGCUGGUGUAUGACGAGGACAAGCCCUUGCCCGAGCCCCCCGUCUUCCAUCAUAUCGACUUCAACACCGACUUUGUAGAUGAUGUCAAUCUGGUACCAGCAGACCACGAGCCUCUGCUCCAGCCCGUGAACCACCAGAUCAUCCUAGACACCAACACCGCGCUGGUCGACGGUCUCCCUCGCUUCACUGUCAACGGCAAGACCUACAUUGCCCCGGAGGUUCCAUCCCUAUACACAGCCAACACAGUCGGUCCCGAAUUCUCCUCCGACCCCGCAGUGUACGGCCAGGUGAACCCCUUCGUUGUGAAGUAUGGCGAAGUUGUCGAAAUUGUGAUCAACAAUCACCACAACAACCUGCACCCAUGGCACUUGCACGGGCACCAGUUCCAGGUCCUGCAGCGUACACCAGUUGAUGGUGGCUACUACACUGGAUUAUCCGCCAACGUCUCUACGACUCCGAUCAGACGCGACACUAUCAUGGUCCAGAACCACGGCCACGUUGUCAUCCGUUUCCGUGCCGAUAAUCCUGGUGUCUGGAUGUUCCACUGUCACAUUGAAUGGCACGUCGAGUCUGGUCUAAUGGCCACCAUUAUCGAGGCCCCUGAGACCUUCCCGAACACCCUGCACGCUCCCCCGCAGAGCCAUUAUGAUACCUGCAAUGCAUACCCUAAACGCACCAGCGGUAAUGCUGCUGGCAACAGCGGUCUUGACAUGACUGGAGCCAAUACUAAGGUUUCUGGGGAUAACCACGGCGCUCUGUAUAUCAAAAAGGGUGCCAAUAUCCAUGCUGGCGCACCUCCGGCUCACACAUCGGCGCAAGCACCGACGUACGACCAGGCUCCUCAGGCUUCACAGCCCUCAUACUCACCCUCUCAUCACCCCCACGGGACAGCGGUACCUAGCCCCAACUACAGCCCCCUGAAAGCUGCGAUUGAGAAAAUCAAGGAUAACUUGCCAGUCCCUCUCACGGACAAGACACACUUCCGCGCGGACAGUCCAAACCAACCGCAAGAUAACUACGUUCCUGUUCACCAGGAGUCGACCAAGGCCCCGUGGCAGAACCAGAAUACCCAUAGUACCCAAAACUCUGGGUGUGUACACUCGCAAUGA